AUGGAGAGCUACCUGCACAAGGACUUCGACGUGCAGCCCAAGCACCUCUCGGCGGAGGCUUCCAGCAACUGGAGGAGGGCCGUCGGCCGCGUCGUCAAGAACCCCGCCAGACGCUUCCGUCAUGUCGCCGAUCUCGCCAAGCGCGCCGAGGCCGAGAAAAAGAAGAAGCAAAUCCAGGAAAAAAUUAGAGUUGCUCUUUAUGUUCAAAAAGCAGCUAUGCAUUUCAUUGAGGCUGGAGAUAGUCAGCCAGCUACAGAAAAGCGUGAUCAAGUUGAAUACAAACUGUCUGAAGAGGCCGAAAAAGAAGGUUUCAGCAUUCACCCAGAUGAACUUGCAUCAAUCAUACGUAGCCAUGAUACCAAGGUCUUGGAAAUCCAUGGUGGAGUUGAUGGGAUUUUAAAUAAAUUAGCUGUCACACCAGAUGAAGGUGUAAAGGGUAGUAGUAUACCAACAAGGCAAAAUGUUUAUGGUUUAAAUCGCUAUACAGAGAAACCUCCCCGAUCAUUCUUGAGGUUUGUAUGGGAAGCACUACAGGAUUUAACUUUAAUUAUUCUUAUGGUUUGUGCCGUGGUUUCAAUUGGAGUGGGAAUUGGUACUGAAGGGUGGCCAGAAGGCAUGUAUGAUGGGGUGGGAAUCUUACUCAGUAUAGUUUUGGUUGUUUUGGUUACUGCCAUUAGUGACUACAGGCAGUCCAUGCAAUUCAAGGAUUUGGACAGGGAGAAGAAAAAGAUUUUUAUUCAGGUCACUAGGGAUGGGAAAAGACAAAAAGUUUCCAUUUAUGACUUGCUGGUUGGAGAUAUUGUUCAUUUGGCAGUAGGAGACCAAGUUCCGGCAGAUGGACUUUUCAUAUCAGGAUACAGUUUGUUGAUUGAUGAGUCAAGCUUGACAGGUGAGAGUGAGCCGAUGAAUGUAUAUGAAAAAAAGCCUUUUCUUCUUUCAGGAACCAAAGUGCAAGAUGGGUCUGGUAAAAUGCUGGUAACAACAGUUGGUAUGAGGACCGAAUGGGGAAAAUUGAUGGAAACUUUGAGUGAGGGAGGCGAAGAUGAGACCCCACUACAGGUGAAGCUGAAUGGUGUUGCUACAAUUAUUGGUAAAAUUGGUUUGGCUUUCGCUGUGGUGACAUUUAUGGUCUUGACAGUGAGAUUUUUGGUGGAAAAAGCACUUAGCAAUGAGAUCACGGAUUGGUCUUCAACUGAUGCAAUGACACUUUUGAACUACUUUGCCAUCGCAGUAACUAUAAUUGUUGUUGCAGUUCCUGAAGGAUUACCAUUGGCAGUAACACUGAGUCUUGCGUUUGCAAUGAAGAAAUUAAUGAAUGAUAAGGCACUUGUGAGGCAUCUCUCAGCCUGCGAGACAAUGGGUUCUGCUAGUUGCAUUUGCACGGAUAAAACAGGAACAUUAACCACAAACCAUAUGGUAGUUACCAAGAUAUGGAUAGGUGAAAGAUCUGUAGAUGUAAGCGGUAAUAAAAGUACAGACAUAGUAAAAUCAGAAAUUUCUGGAGCACUGGACAUCCUUUUGCAGGUUAUAUUUCAAAAUACAAGCUCUGAGGUCAUCAAGGAUGAGGGAAAGACCUCCAUAUUGGGAACACCAACAGAGUCAGCAUUAUUAGAAUUUGGUUUACUUUUGGGUGGUGAUUUUGAUGCCCAGCGCAGAGAGUUUAAGAUUAUUAAGAUGGAACCUUUCAGUUCUGUUAGGAAGAAAAUGUCUGUGCUCAUUGCUCAUCCUCAUGGUGGGGUAAGAGCUUUUUGCAAAGGUGCAUCUGAAAUAGUAUUGGGAAUGUGCAACAAGGUUAUUGACUGUAAUGGAGAAACUGUUAAUCUCUCCCGAGAAGAGGCAAAUAAUAUCACAGAUGUCAUAAAUUCUUUUGCUUGUGAAGCACUAAGAACUCUUUGCUUGGCUUUCAAAGAUAUCGAUGAAUCUUCCAUCAACAAUGACAUCCCUGAUGAUGGCUAUACAUUAAUUGCAGUUGUUGGAAUCAAGGACCCUGUGCGUCCAGGGGUGAAGGAAGCAGUCCAAACUUGUUUGGCUGCUGGGAUAACUGUACGAAUGGUCACCGGUGACAAUAUAAAUACUGCUAAGGCCAUAGCUAGAGAAUGUGGCAUACUCACAGAGGAUGGUCUGGCAAUAGAGGGACCAGAAUUUCGUAACUUGUCUCCUGCAGAGAUGAAUGCUGUCAUACCGAAGAUUCAGGUGAUGGCUCGGUCCUUACCAUUGGACAAGCACACCUUGGUGAAGAAUUUGAGGAAUACAUUCCGGGAGGUAGUUGCAGUUACAGGUGAUGGGACCAAUGAUGCUCCUGCUUUGCAUGAGGCAGACAUUGGACUUGCUAUGGGAAUAGCAGGCACAGAGGUUGCAAAAGAAAGUGCUGAUGUCAUCAUAUUGGAUGACAAUUUUAGUACUAUAGUGAAUGUGGCCAGAUGGGGACGUUCAGUGUACAUAAACAUUCAAAAGUUUGUGCAGUUCCAGUUGACGGUUAACGUUGUUGCUCUGAUGAUCAACUUUGUUUCUGCAUGUGUAUCAGGAGAUGCUCCCCUUACUGCUGUGCAAUUACUCUGGGUCAACAUGAUUAUGGACACUCUUGGGGCUUUGGCUUUGGCUACUGAGCCUCCAAAUGACGGACUGAUGAAAAGGCCCCCUGUUUCAAGGGGUACAAGCUUCAUCACCAAGACCAUGUGGAGGAAUAUCAUUGGUCAGAGCAUUUAUCAACUGGCUGUUCUUGGAGUUCUCGAUUUCCGUGGGACACAGCUGCUAGGACUUACUGGUUCAGAUGCAACCGAUAUUCUUAAUACUGUGAUAUUCAAUGCAUUCGUGUUCUGCCAGGUGUUUAAUGAGAUAAACAGCCGUGAUAUAGAGAAGAUAAACAUAUUCCGUGGCAUGUUUGACAGCUGGGUAUUCCUGGGGGUUAUGGUUUGCACAGUGGCCUUCCAAAUUGUCUUAGUAGAGUUCUUGGGCGCAUUUGCUAGCACUGUACCAUUGAGCUGGCAACUGUGGUUACUCUGCAUUAUAAUUGGAUCGAUUAGCAUGCCUGUUGCAGUUGUCUUGAAAUGCAUACCCGUUGAAAGCAAAGUUAAACCCCCUGAGGGCUAUGAAGCUAUUCCUGAUGGUCCUCCAGCUGGCCUUGUUUGAAUAAGGGUGUGUAAAACCUUUUUUUUUUUUUUCUAUGAUUUCCGGAGGUAGAAACCAAUUAUACAGACUGAACUACUGACAGCGAGAUUUCAGAUAAUCUCUUAGGUAACUGUUUUGAGAUGAUCAGACAGCCACAAGUGUUUCAGAUCAAGAAGUUUUGUUUCUUAGAAGAAAAGGUACUGUAAACAUUUAGUUUGGGUAAUUUGCGAUUACAAUUCAAGAUUGAAGGUAGGUUUUCAUGUUAUGUCCCUUCAAUUCUUCAAACAAUAAGAUGCAGUUUCCUUAAUAAAGCCAACUAGCCUUUGGUCUAGUGGUAUUUCUCUUCACUUUAUUGGAAGAAGUCC